AUGCUAGAAGCAGGUAAUAAAAAGAUCUAUCUAUCUAUCUAUCUAUCUAUCUAUCUAUCUAUCUAUUAUUGCUCAUAUCUAUCUAUCUAUCUAUCUAUCUAUCUAUCAUUGCUCAUAUCUAUCUAUCGAUCUAUCUAUCUAUCUAUCUUUUUUCCCUUUUCGCUUUCCCCUGAAAUGAUAAUUCCUCUGUCAUCAUUAAAAACUUCACUUCCUACCACCUCGUCAUUCACACCCUACCUACUCGUCAUUCACUUCCUCCCACCUCGUCAUUCACUUCCUCCCACCUCGUCAUUCACUUCCUACCACCUCGUCAUUCACUUCCUCCCACCUCGUCAUUCACUUCCUACCAACUCGUCAUUCACUUCCUCCCACCUCGUCAUUCACUUCCUACCACCUCGUCAUUCACUUCCUCCCACCUCGUCAUUCACUUCCUCCUACCUCGUCAUUCACUUCCUACCACGUCGUCAUUCACUUCCUCCCACCUCGUCAUUCACUUCCUCCCACCUCGUCAUUCACUUCCUCCCACCUCGUCAUUCACUUCCUACCAACUCGUCAUUCACUUCCUCCCACCUCGUCAUUCACUUCCUCCCACCUCGUCAUUCACUUCCUACCAACUCGUCAUUCACUUCCUACCACCUCGUCAUUCACUUCCUACCACCUCGUCAUUCACUUCCUCCCACCUCGUCAUUCACUUCCUACCACCUCGUCAUUCACUUCCUCCCACCUCGUCAUUCACUUCCUACCAACACGUCAUUCACUUCCUCCCACCUCGUCAUUCACUUCCUCCCACCUCGUCAUUCACUUCCUACCAACUCGUCAUUCACUUCCUCCCACCUCGUCAUUCACUUCCUCCCACCUCGUCAUUCACUUCCUACCACCUCGUCAUUCACUUCCUACCAACACGUCAUUCACUUCCUACCACCUCGUCAUUCACUUCCUCCCACCUCGUCAUUCACUUCCUCCCACCUCGUCAUUCACUUCCUACCAACACGUCAUUCACUUCCUCCCACCUCGUCAUUCACUUCCUCCCACCUCGUCAUUCACUUCCUCCCACCUCGUCAUUCACUUCCUACCAACUCGUCAUUCACUUCCUCCCACCUCGUCAUUCACUUCCUACCACCUCGUCAUUCACUUCCUCCCACCUCGUCAUUCACUUCCUACCACCUCGUCAUUCACUUCCUCCCACCUCGUCAUUCACUUCCUACCAACACGUCAUUCACUUCCUCCCACCUCGUCAUUCACUUCCUCCCACCUCGUCAUUCACUUCCUACCACCUCGUCAUUCACUUCCUCCCACCUCGUCAUUCACUUCCUCCCACCUCGUCAUUCACUUCCUCCCACCUCGUCAUUCACUUCCUCCCACCUCGUCAUUCACUCAUACCACCUCGUCAUUCACUUCCUACCACCUCGUCAUUCACUCAUACCAACUCGUCAUUCACUUCCUACCACCUCGUCAUUCACUUCCUACAACCUCGGACAGAAUGGAGUAUCUGUGCGCGUUGUUAUACACGCACUCAUUUAUAAUAUCUAUCCGUAUUUGUAA